AUGACGUUGCAUGACAUAAUCAUUGAGACAAGCAGUGAUAACGACCUUCAACAAGUGAUGCAAAACGUCAGACAAUCCUCGUGGAAAUCAAAUUACAAAACAAAUACGGUACUAGAUACACUUGCACGUGUGAAAAAUGAACUGACAGUUGUGACGUUCAAAAACGGCGAAGUUCUCUUGCAUGGAAAUAGAAUCGUGUUACCUAAACAGUUGCAACAGAAGGCUAUUUCAUUAGCACACGAAGGACACCCAGGAAUAGUUAGGACAAAACAACUAUUGCGCGAAAAGGUGUACUUUCCAAAAAUGGACAAAAUGGUUGAGGACUUGUGUAACAGUUGUAUUCCCUGUCUCGCAGCAACUGAUGAAAACUCCAGGGAACCACUUCAAAUGACUGAAAUGCCAAAACAGGCUUGGGAUUCAGUGAGCAUGGAUUUCUGUGGACCAUUUUCUGAUGGAAAAUAUCUUCUUGUUUUGAUUGAUGACUUUUCAAGAUUCCCAAUUGUUGAAAUAAUAACAUCUCUUAAUGCAAAAUCAGUUAUUGAGAAGCUUGACAAAAUAUUCUCAGAAUAUGGAAUACCUGAAGUACUGAGAACUGACAAUGGACCGCCGAUGAAUAGUGCAGACUUUCAAAACUUUUCAAAACAAUUUGGUUUCAAACACAGAAAAAUAACCCCUAUCUGGCCUCAAGCAAACGGAGAAUGUGAGCGUUUCAUGAAAACAAUAGGAAAAGUAAUUCGUGCAGCAAAAACUCAAAAAGCAGAUUGGCGCACAGACAUGUAUGCAUUCGUACGCAACUAUAGAGCUACAAAACAUGCGACUACAAAAUACAGUCCAGCAGAACUAUUAUUUGGAAGACAGAUUAGAAUAAAAUUACCAUUUGCACCAUCGAAACCUUCAAAGGAAAAUGUGCAAGUCAAAGCUCGUGAAAAUGACGCAUAUCAAAAAGCUAAAAUGAAAUCGUACGCGGACGCAAAACGGCAUGCAAAGCCGGUAACAUUUAACGUUGGCGACUCUGUACCUGUCAAACAACACAAAACAAACAAGUUCUCCACACCUUUCGACAGUCAGCCAUAUAAAAUUACAAAGAUAAACGGUUCGAUGAUAACAGCGAAAAGAGGAGACAAGUCAAUCACCCGCAAUUCGUCCUUUUUCAAGCUGAUAAGGCUACAAGACUCCGACAGCGAGGACGACUUCGACGACUUCUACCGUCCUGGCACUGUACGUACGGACGAACAAGAGCCUUCACAACCGAGACGUUCAUUGCGAAAUCGAAACCCCCCAGAACGUUUCCAAGACUUUGUGCAAAAGUGA